AUGAGCCGCAUCCAGAUGAAAAAUACGGGAGAUGGCCAGCUUCAGGUCCCCGCGUUUGGUGAUAUCCCUAUCGAUUAUGAACUCCCUGUCGUUGAACGCUUUGCAUAUGGGGCCAUGGAGAUUUACGAACUUGAUGGCGCACCGGGUCGAGCGCAUCGCUUGACCAUCCCCGAAGUCAUGAUACUACGCGUCAUCGAAUGA